AUGGAUACAUUAAAGUGGUUAUCGGCAUUGUUUUGGGAUGAACGCUGGUGGCUUCCUAAUGGAGUGAAGUGGGCUGACGUGACCAAUGGACCGGACAAAACUGUGUUACAUCCUGAUAUAACUGACUUUUAUUAUGUUAUACCUUUGGCGAUUGGCUUACUCGUCCUAAGGUAUAUAUUGAACAUAUACUGUUUUAUACCUCUCGGCCUAGCUCUAGGCAUUCCUAACAAGAAGAAGAGAAAUCUCCAACACAUACCUGCGUUAGAGUCUGCAUAUAGGAAGAAUGCCCUCAACAAAGAUACUACGGCUCUCGCCAAACAGUUGGACAUGUCAGAACGCCAAGUGGAGCGAUGGUGGCGCCUCCGCCGCAACCAGGAUAAAACUUCGAGCCUCACAAAAUUCUGUGAACAUGCAUGGAAGACUUUCUACCUCUCCUUUAGUACACCCACAGUUUACUACAUAGUGUGGGACAAAGAUUGGUUCUGGGACCUCGAUAAGUGUUACACUAAUUUCGGAAAACAUGAACUAACGAUGGAUAUUUAUUGGUUCUACCUGGUGACAAUGGCGUACAUGAUUGCUUUGACGAUCACCUAUUUCUAUGACGUGAAACGCAAGGACUUUUGGGGAAUGUUCGCACAUCACAUAGUAACAAUCUUGUUACUGUGUAUCAGCUGGAUUAUAAAUGCUUUCAGGAUCGGGAUAGUGGUCAUAGUGUUGUUGGACCUCACUGAAAUUUGGCUUGAGUUUGUGAAAGCCAUAAGAAGAGCAUAUUUCGAGAAAUUGGCGACAUCUCUUUUUAUUGGAUUUGUGCCUGUGUGGUUCUAUACAAGGAUGUAUUUGUUCCCGCUGUACUUGUAUAGCACAUCAAUCCGUUCAAUGGUAUUUUGGGGACAUAUCGUCGCUUUAUACGUAGUGAAUGCAAUGCUGUUUGUACUGUUCUUCCUAUGUGUGUACUGGUCGGUACUGAUAGUCAAAGUUGUAUUCAAUACCUUAAGUUCUGGGGUCCCCCGAGACGUGAGAAGUUCCAGUUCAGAAGUCACUGACGCUGAGGAAGUCGACAAACUGCUAGUUUCAAACAGUAGAUAA